GAGGCUAACAAUACAAUGAUUCAUAUUUUUCUUUGUAUUUUUCAUCUUUCCAGUGCAGCUAUGACUUCAAGAUGUAUUCCAAGAGGGAACUUUGAUCUGCCAGUUUUCAUGACUAGUGGAGACUUCACAAUAGGAGGAAUUUUUCCUUUACAUUACAGAGUAGAGCUUUCACCAACAGACUAUAUGAAGAAACCUUUAACAGCAAUGUGUCGAGGGUUUGAUCCAAUGGCUUUUCACUGGGCUCUCACAAUGGGACUGGCCGUAGAAGAGAUAAACAAUCGAAAAGACCUCUUACCAGAACACACUCUUGCCUAUAGAAUCUUUGACUCUUGUGCAACUCCUGUAAUGGCUCAGAAAGCAGUCCUGGCAGCGCUGAAUGGACAGGACGUUGUUCAAAGUUUCAUGUGCUCUGGAGCUAGCCCCUUAUUAGGAUUAAUUGGGGAGUCUGGAUCCUCACAAUCAAUUGUUGUCUCCAGAACUUUGGAGCCUUUCAGAAUACCAAUGAUAAGCUAUUUCUCCACCUGCUCUUGUCUAAGUGAUCGAAAGCAGUUCCCAACAUUUUUCAGAGUGGUUCCAAGUGAUGACUACCAGGUCAAAGCGAUUGCACAGCUCCUAAAGAGAUUUGACUGGACAUGGAUUGGUGUUGUGACUGAAGACCAUGAUUAUGGCAGGUUUGCUUUACAAGGCUUAAAGCGAGAAAUUGAAAAUACAAAUAUUUGUUUGGCUUAUCAUGAAAUGAUUCCAAAAGACUAUACCCAGGAACGAGUCUUGAAGAUACUUAAAGUAAUGAAGGAAUCAACAGCCAAGGUGGUUGUUGUUUUUUCAGGGGAAGGGGAAUUUUACCCUUUUUUGACAGAGUUUGUGGCUCAGAAUAUCACUGGAAUUCAGUGGAUUGCAAGUGAGGCUUGGGUUACAGCAUCAAUGUUAGCAGAGACAUAUUCAUUUUUAGAUGGCACAAUUGGCUUUGCAAUCCGUCAAGGACACGUCCCAGGUCUUCAGGAUUACAUCAGGACCGUCACUCCAGAAAAGUACCCUUCUAUUCCUCAGGUUCAGGAACUGUGGGAGGCUUUGUAUGGUUGUUCUCCAUCCACAUCCACCUUGAGCAGUCAUUUACCCUCAUGCACAGGAAAAGAAACUCUCAGAAAAGAAUACUCUGCCUACAUGAACACAUCCAGCCCUCGUGUGACCUACAAUGUUUACAAAGCGGUGUAUGCCUUUGCUCAUUCUCUUCAUAAUCUUAUUGAAUGUAGAAAUGGACAUGGGCCAUUUGAGAAUUUCUCAUGUGCGAACCUCAACAAUGUGUUUCCAUGGCAGCUUCAACAUUAUUUACAGGAAAUAUCCUUCUCUAUUUCUGGAGAGGAAGUUAAUUUUGAUAUCAAGGGAGAUGCAAUACCAUCUUAUGAUUUAAUAAACUGGCAAAGAAGUGCAAGUGGAGAUAUGCAGUUUAUUAAAGUGGGCCUCUAUGAUGGUGCUCAGAAUUCUGGCAAAGAACUGGUGAUUGAGAAGCAGGCUAUUACAUGGUCUAACCAACAGACUAAGGCAAGGUCUGUAUGCAGUAACGGCUGCACUCCAGGAUACAGGAAGGCUGUCCGACAUGGGCAGUCUCUGUGUUGUUUUGAUUGUGUUCCAUGUGACAUUGGCAAGAUCAGUAAUGAGACAGAUUCAGUAGAUUGUCUGUCUUGCCCUGAAGACUAUUGGUCCAAUGUAAAUAGAACAGAGUGCAUCCAGAAAGUGAUUGAAUUUCUCUCCCAUGAUGCGAUGGGAAUGACCUUGACUGUGAUAGCUGUAGCAGGAGCCUUUCUGACCAUCACUGUGCUGGGGAUUUUUCUGUACAACAAAGGAACCCCUAUAGUCCGUGUGAAUAACUCUGAACUCAGUUUCUUCAUCUUGGUAUCACUGACUUUUUGUUUUCUGUGUGCUUUGAUAUUUAUCGGGGAACCCACAUCCUGGUCCUGUAUGCUUCGGCACACUGCAUUCAGCAUCACCUUCUCGCUUUGCAUUUCCUGCAUCUUGGGAAAGACUUUAGUGGUGCUGGCUGCUUUCACAGCGACCCGACCUGGAAACAAUAUAAUGAAAUGGUUGGGCCCUACACAGCAGAGAAUCAUCAUUUUCUGCUGCACUCUCGUUCAGGUGCUCAUAUGUACAGUCUGGCUUGUAGUAUCCCCACCAUUUCCCUAUAGAAACACUAAAUAUCAACAGUCCAAGAUCAUUCUGGAUUGCAGUGUGGGCUCUGAUCUGGCUUUUUGGUGUGUGCUGGGAUAUAUCGGUCUUUUAGCUUGUGUCUGCUUUUUUCUGGCUUUUCUGGCCCGGAAAUUACCAGGUAAUUUUAAUGAGGCCAAAUACAUCACCUUCAGCAUGAUUAUAUUUUGCACUGUAUGGCUAGCUUUUGUGCCUGCAUAUGUCAGUUCGCCUGGUAAGUUUACAACUGCUGUGGAGAUUUUUGCUAUACUAGCUUCUAGUUUCGGCCUGCUUCUCUGCUUGUUUGCUCCAAAAUGUUACAUUAUUUUAGUGAAGCCAGAGAAAAACACCAAGCAACAUUUAAUUGGAAAAGUCACAAAAUGAAUAGUGUUUGUACAGAUUUUCAAAAAAAUUAAAAAUGAUAAAAAUGCUAUAAACAUGAAAUCCAAAUAUUAUCUUCAACUAUGAACUUUUAAAUAUUUUAGGGACAGAGUCAAUAUCCUAUGCAUUUAUUUUUUAUUUUUGUAGUAUUCAAUUUGUUUUUCAAGUUUCAUGAUUCCAACAAGCUUGUCAGAAAUGUUUACGUAAAAUAACAAUAGACAAUGAAGAUGUUAACUGAUCUCUAGGUUAUGUAACCUACACUGUAGCCACUGGUUUUUGCAAUAAAAAAUAAAGUCUAAAUAAAAAAAGUAACAACAAAAUAAACAAAAUAAAGACUGUC